AUGGAGUUGUUCCCCAUCAAAAUCGGGCAUCGGAGGAUCGAAUCCAACCGGAACAUAGCGUUGAUACGGCUGCAUGGGCUACUGGCCAAAACACUCCUUAAAGACAAGUUGAAAUACCACGAGAUAUUUCAACCGCUUCUCAGAGACGGGUUCAUUGAAGAAGCAGACCGAGAAUUUAUUGGUACGUGUACCUACCUGCCUCACCGUCUGGUGAUCAAAGUAGGUGCAGAGACGACAAAAAUCUUGUCGGUAUUCGACGGAUCAGCCCACCUGAAAGAAAGACAGAGCAUCAAUGAUGAACUUGAAACAGGACCGAAUCUGAACCCGGAAGUGUUGGCUCUCUUGUUGCGGUUAAGACAAAAUCGGAUAGCCUGGACAGCCAAUAUCACUCAGGCAUGCCUCCAAGUGGGGAUUCGCAAGGAACACGGGCAAUUGAUUCGGUUCAUCUGA